AUGGAGAUGAAGGAUGCGACGGCGAACGCCGUAGUCAGGAGGCCAGCCGCCAGCAGCAUCACGUAUCAAGGGAAUGCGAAUGAAGAAGCAGGCACUGAGAAUGGCGGAUCCGGUUGUCCGGGACCCGAACCGACCAGUAAAUCGCAGCAACCAAGGAAGAGCAAAGAGCCGCCGCCACCGCCGCCGGCAGCACUGGCCAACUCUGCGUCCGUGCCCGUUGCUGACGACAACCGGGUCGCUGCGAUGGCUACACGCCCGGUGCUGUUGCAAAACUGA